AUUUUGCCUCUUCGAAAACUAAGCUUGGUGUGCCUAUGGAUUUACUGACACAAACAUUAUACUGCACGUAGAGUGUCCAGGGAAAUCAGUGGUUAUGGAUUAAAAAUAGUUGAGUGUUAUACUAAGACUCUUAAGCGAGAAACAACAUCAACAACGACAACAACAAAAAAACCAAGAAUGGAUAGAUGAUUUAACAAACAAGCUUUCAUUUUUCCUAAAAGCCAUAAAGUCUUGUAAGGAACUGUAUGACGUCUACAGGUUAGUCUUUAUCCUAACCUUUUUUUGUAUUACUUGAACUCAAAUACUAUAAUGAAGCAAAACAUAGAAAUAUAAUUCACGUGAUCAACAUUUUUUCCCAUGCCAAUGAUGUCACAUUACUAUUAGAGGCUCCCUCACCUGUAUCUUCGCAGAGCUUUGUGUUACUGUAAGUUUUCUUUUACUUCAGCUCAGCUUUGAGGGCGUACAUGAUAAAAAAAAAACUAUAAUACGUGAACUUUUUUAAAUAAUACAACUGUCUUCGCGUUAUCCUUCAUGUGUUGCAGAGUGGUUAAGCAAGUUGUGAGGCAACAGCAUGAGUUAAAAACACCUGUGGAAGGCUGAUAUAUCGUCAACACAAAAAUAUUUUUGCAUAAGCAACCAAACGAUCCGUUCAUUUACUUUAGACUGUUACUGUAUUGAGUCGUCAAAAUUGAUUAAAUUUAUAAGAUAUGUUUUAUAUGCCACUCAAGCUAUUCAUUGUUUUCAAUAGAUCUGAUAUCAGUCAACUGGUUACUCUCCGUCUGGAUUCCAAACCAGUCUCCGUUCUCUGUCAGAUGGGAGAUUUUGGAUGUGGAGGUGGAGGAUGGACACCUGUUAUGAAGAUUAACGGCAAUCAGACAACCUUUCACUAUGAAGCGCGUUACUGGAGUGAUCACGAAGAAUACAACCUUUCCGGGGGGAAGACUGGAUUUGAUACGGAGGAAACAAAGCUACCCACCUACUGGAACACGUCGUUCACCAAGAUCUGUCUCGGUAUGAAGUUCGACAGUGAGAUCUAUUUUAUUGUCCUCAACAAGCAGGCCGACUCUCUUUAUUCAUUGAUCGCCGAUGGGAAAUUCCGCGCCACCUCAGUGGGUCGUUACAAGUGGAAAGAGCUGAUUGGUGCACGAUCCUCCUUACAGCACAACUGCAACAAGGAAGGGUUCAAUGCCGUUUGUACUGGGCUUGAAAGUUCUAAAGCAAGAAUUGGUAUUGUUAGUAACGACCAGAACGACUGUUCAUCGUGCGACUCAAGAAUCGGAUUUGGCACAGGAGGGAGACCUAGUCACUCGAACACGUGUGGUAACGAAGCCAUCUUCAAUUCAGAUAAUGGAAUAAAAGGCAUCAAAGCCAUGGGAUACAUCAUGGUACAAUAAACAUGAACUUUCCCGAAUAAAACCACUGGAUAUAAAUUUAUGUCAGCGUUUGCUUAACUGUGGUUUUACCCUGAAUCGAUACUAAGCUAUUCUUCCAUUCCAUUUCAAGUUACUUGUAGAAACCUCGAUUGAAGGCUAAAAGUUUGUCGUUGGUCACGGUUAU